AUGGAUCAAGGUGUCGGCAUGGUCCUGAGGGCUCUGGAGAGAAACGGUCUGGCGGACGAUACUCUGGUGCUGUUCCUGAGUGAUAAUGGACCUCCAUUUGUCAACUCCAAAACUACCUUAUUUGAAGCCGGUGUCAGGUUGCCCUUUUUGAUGCGUGCACCUGGCUUCACAAUCCCCGGAAACGCCAACCCCAACCUCGUCUCAUACGUUGAUAUUCUCCCCACAUUCCUUGAUUGGGCCGGAUAUUCCAACAUGCCCUCGCAGGCUGGAUUUGUUCAACGAAAAGGCAGGUCCAUACUCUCCAUAGCUGGUUGUUCACGGUCCCAACCAGGAUGGGAUCGCGUGUUUGGUUCUCACACGUUCCACGAGAUCACAAACUACUGGCCUACAAGGUUCAUGCGGAACCGCCGCUUCAAGUAUCACCGCAACAUAUGCUGGAAGCUGGAUUUUCCAUUUGCCAUGGACCUCUAUGCUUCGCGCUCGUGGGAAGGCAUGCGUAACGCAAGCGGCGAUAAAGAACCCAUGAUCGGGCCACGACGACUUCGCGAUUAUAUCUGUCGUCCACCAGAAGAGUUGUUCGACCUUGUGAGAACGACCCUAGAGAAGUCGCCAACCUCGCAGUCGAUGCGUGAUGCAUUGGAGAGUUGGCAGAAGUCUACCGGUAAUUUGUGGCUCUGGAGGGAUGGUGCUCCUGUUGUCAGAUAUCUAUCUUCGAAUUAUGCUAGGGAAGGUCUUAAAAUACCUGAUCGGUUCGACUUUGAUGUCAGCAACCCCGGUACUGAUGCGGCACGUCAUUACGCUUUGCUUUGA